CAAUGCUACCAGUGCCGAGUAAAAUAAUGUCUGAAGGAAAAAGGAAAGACAAAAAGGUAAUGAGAAGAAAUUCAAACAAAAAGGGUGUCAACAUGUGACCUGUUUUUUUCAUAUUUUUUUUUGUAGCUUAGCAAGUCUGUCGUGAAAAUGAACCUGUUAGCUUAAUGUCCACAAUGAAACAAGCUAGGCGAGUGUUAGCAUGUUGUGUUAGCCUACAGGCAAAUGUUUAGCAUGUAAUAUUAAAUCAGUUGUCCGUCCCACAUUUAGUAGAUUUGACAACAGAGGAGCAACACACUAAAAUACACAACUCGAGGUAAGGUAGAGCGAGUGACGUAAAUGAAACAACCUGGCAAGGCUUAAGAAGUUCAUUGGGAUUGCCGUCAGGUGUGUGCUGGCGACUCCGCCCUGUCAGGACCAGAAAUGCACUGCAAGAGACAGCAGAUAGGUGGCAGCAGAGCAACAUCAGCAGAACAUGACUAUAUGUACAUUUAGUCAUUUGGGGGCCCAAUUCACACCUAAUCCUUUUUUUUUUACAUGUAAUUUAGACCACAUUUCCCCUGCUUUUGAAAUAAAUGCCUAUUAUGUGUCAGCUUAAGUUGCUACACUAAAAAGCAGUUUUCCACACGCCUUCUCUCCCCUGAGUCCGCUCGACUGGGCUAAUUCCACGCCAACAAGCUAGCUUCCAGACGUGCGUGGUGACAUAGUCCAUUGGAUGAGACGGGAGGAGCAGCUGGCUAUCUGCUUAUGGAAUAUUAGGCAUUUUGAUGGAGUUUUCAGCAUGUGAACUCAGACUAAAAUAUUACUAUGUGAUUUAAAUUGAAGAAAAAAGUUAAAAUGAUUUCUUUUGGUGUUCACCUCAGGGACACUAACUGUAAUCAGUGUGCCAUUACUGCCAUCUAGCGGAGGAACAGGAGAAUGAGGAUUUUUUCCCCCAUUUCAUAUGUAAUAUGUAUUAUAUGAAAUUCCAUGUAUUAUCUUAUUGUGUCCCAGUCAGAUAUUCAAGGAAUGUUUUGUCAUCUCCUGCAAGAAUGUGUUACAUUAUAUUAAGACUUGCUAAGAACAGCUGACUAAAAACAUCUCACAGUCUUGCAGCUGACGCUUACUACAAAAAUGGCUUCUGUUUGGGGGACGAUGGACGAGAUGGCAGACUUCAGCUUUUAUUCACCUGUAACCUGACAGAGUGUCACUGCUCUAUCACCUUUCUAAUUUUAAGCCUGAGCUUCAACUCGCCAAGAAUGGAAGUCCAGCCAGGCCCCAUCUGUGGCCUAAAUUUAGCCCCCAGAAGAUUUAGUCCCCUCUUACAGACACAAACACACCAUAGAACACUUUUGACGACUCACAGCUCGGUGAGAGCAUCACACCCGUGACACACUUACUUCCUUUCUUCCAUGUUACUCCAAGGUGAUUUACUCACUCGGGAAUAACAAGAUGGAAGAGCUUUGACUCACCAGGGGAGAAUGAUGGUUGUGGGCCAUGCUGUCAACAUGAGUUUGAUGGACAUUUCCAAGAUCUUCUCCCUGCUGCAGCCCAAGGAGGAGGAUGAAGACAACGAGCUGAGCCAGGCUUUGAAUAACGCCGUGAGCAGCAACGACGUCACUCUUCUCUCCGAGCUUCUUUCUCAGGAGAGCUACAGGAGGUGUAUCAAUGCCCGAAGCGGAUGGGGGGUCCCCGUAACCCCCUUACGGACCGCUGCUGCUCUGGGACAUCUGAAGUGCCUAGAGCUUUUAAUGGAGCAUGGAGCAGAGAUAGACAUCUUGGACGUAAAGGCCCAGACGCCACUGUUCACAGCUGUUAGCGGCAAACAUCUGGACUGUGUGGCGGCCCUGCUGAAGGCCGGGGCUGACCCCAACGGCAGCCAGUACAACAACUGCUCACCGGUGGUGACCGCAGCCCGAGAGGGCGACGUGGGCAUUCUCCAAGAGCUGCUCCGCUUCGGAGCAGAGGUGGACGUUCGACCUAAAGUACCAGAGUGGGCGUCCAAUGCUACAGCCUGCAGAGGUCCUCUUUAUAUCUCAGCAGUGUAUGGACACCUGGACUGCUUCAAACUCCUCCUGCUCCAUGGGGCCAACCCCAACUUCAACUGCACGGAUGAAAAGAUGCUGGCUCGGAUAAAGCAACCAAAGACAGUGCUGGAGGUGUGUUUACGUUACGGCUGCGGGGUGGACUACAUCCAACUUCUCAUAGACUUUGGAGCAGAUGUUUAUCUCCCAACUCUUAUUAUCGACAAGACAACCAAGCAGAACGAAGCCUUGGUCCUGCUGCUCAAGGAAAGGGUUUGCCCCAAAACCCUGAUGUCACAGACACGCCUCGCAAUACGAAGUCACCUUUUCUACGCCGAUAAAGAGCCCGCCAUUGACAGUUUGGACAUUCCUCUCAUCCUGAGGAACUACCUGAAGCACAUCCCAGCUGGACUCACGUGCCUCUCCAGUUAGCACCAGGUGCUCCAGCAAAGUUUUAUAUAUAAUAUUAGAAGUGGAUUUCUUUUUUUUUUUGGUCCAAAAUUGAUUAAUUUCUCCCAAAAUAGAUUAUAUAUCCCAAAGAAAUAAGAUCUCAUUUAACCUGUAAUGUACAGCAUACAUGUACCACUGUCAAAAAGCCCACAAUUAUUACAUGUUUACGUCUUUAUGCUUCACUGAAAGCAGUUAAACAUCUCUAGUAUUUUUUUGGGUGUCCCCUGCCCUUUUCCAAAAGGGUGUUUUGUACCCUGAAGUUGUUACCCGUCCAAAAACAAUGUGAUGCUGUAUUACAUGGACAUGUCAAGCACUAGGACCAAGCGGAAAAAGGCGGCUCAAACUGAAGCCAAGUCCACAUUAGACCGCCCAUAAAACCAUUGAUUGGCUGUGCCGUUUUUUGUUGCUAACGUGUGAUUGGCCGUCCCCGCUGUCACUCCAUGAGUACAUAGACUUGCACAUCCGGUGUUUGGGUGGCUGGCCAGGGUUCCAAUGCUUAUCUGGUAUUGUAAAUCGUUAACAUAAUGGGUGUUUGUUCUUUCAGAGGUUUCAUUUCCGAUCAUAUUUAAUCAUCAUCUGUGCCUGCCUGUGUGAGUACGUGCGUGUUUGGCGUCCUCCUCUCCCACCAUGAAAUCCAAAUCUGGUCCAAGAACAUAGACGGUGGGAGCAGCAGAGACAAGCAGGUCUGUGUAUAUAAGUGUACCGCCAAAGAUGACCACUAGGGGCCAGAGUAGUGCUGCAUAUUCAUCCUCACACACGGGCCUGCCAAUGGCAGUUUAACUGAUCUAUUUUUGUCUGCCUCCAUCACCCUUAGCCAUGCCCUUUGAUUUUUUUCUUUUCCCUGAGUAUCUCCUCACGCAUGAACAGUAAUAUUCCUUCAUACAAAGCGUCACAAGUGGAGAAAUAGCUCUCCAAAACAGCCACCCACACUGAAUCACGCCAGGGAGUCUUACAUCCUCGCUUGCAUCUGUGGGCUUGAAAGAUGAGGAAGAGGAGCGAUCUUCCUUCACUUGAGCAGUCAGCUGAGAGAUGUAUUUGCAUAAGACUCAUUACUUAUUGAUGGCAGCAUAGUUACGAUCGGCACGCUAUCAUUUUCGACUUUUCUUUCAGCAUCCCGUUACCAACUUAGGUCUACUUUCCAAGCCCUUCUUCGUGAGUGCAUCCUCAAAUAAGAGCCAACGUUGCAGGAAAUGAUGUCACGACAGGAAACCCAACACAAUGCACUCACACACCAACGCCCGGCCCCGCUCUGUAGAGGUUUUAUUUUCAACAAAAGUACAGCUAUAUCAGAUAUGGAUUUUUUUUUACAGCGAAGUACAACAUAUUCCCAGUGCUUCUGAUUACAUCAAAACAUAUAAUGUACAUAGAGUUGACAUCUCCACUCUCCCAUUCACAGUUUCAGGAUUGAAUAGGCAUUAUUUUUCAUUUCUACAACAAAUAAACUCAAAAUGCCAGCAAAAAAGAAAAAAGUGAAAUGUUUGCAUAUGGCGACAGAAGGAUUUGGGUAGUGUGGGUUCAUUUCCUGCGCUAAGCAAAACCCCAGACCUGGGACUAGAUGGUAUUAUACAAUGAAUAGUGUUUGUCAAAGUGGGACGCCAGUCUUUCUUCAGCUUGUCAUUGAAAACCACAUUAUAUAUGGCUGAUUGGACUCCAUGUGGUACCCUGGAUCUCUAUUGGCAAUGUCGUCAUGUUGCGUGUGAGUGCAUGCACGAAAAAGGCUGCAAGUGACCUCUUAUGCAUUCAGUUUGCUAACUUGGCUGUCUUGGUUCAUGACCGGAAAACAAAAGGCAGUCCUCUGGGCCUCGUGUAAAAGGUCAGGGUUAACGCUAUCAGAUGAACAGAACCGAUAUAUACAUUGUUAGAACAAAUUGGCUCAAAAUGAUAGCGUUGAAUACUGGCUACUAAUUCAAUAAAUACAAGAGAGGAAAAUAAUCUCUACUGUCAAGUCAUUGUACUUCAGAGCAUCUCAUUUUAAAACAAGAGCAUGAUAUGAAUUGUAAUGAAGUAUUCUCUCUCUCUCUCUGUGUGUGUGUGUCUUCAGGAUUAGAGUUAUUUUUAGCACAUCCCCACAGAGUUCGCAUAUAUUCCGCUCCUCUGCUUGACUAAAAAUCUAUACACAAACACCUAUGAUCAAUGCUCACGCCUAUUUGGUUGUCAUAGAAAAACGAUACCCGUUUUGCCUUAGUGACUGGCGUUCCAUAAAUAACCAGCAGUUAAGAGCUAAGCCAGUGAAAUGAAAUUUAAAAAAAAA